GAAGCCAGCGGAAGUGGUGUUUGUGUUGGACAUGUCCAGCAGUAUCUUCAUUUUGGACUUCAUGAAACAACUCACCUUUGUAUCAAACCUUAUUAAAUUGUUUGACAUUGGCAGACACAAGACCAGGGUCGCUGCCGUCUCCUUCAGCACCAACGCUACCGUGGAGUUCCAUCUUGACGAGUAUUAUGAUCAGAAGGACGUGAGAGAUCACGUGGAGACGAUUCGCUACACUGGAGGUGUCACCAACACAGACGAUGCCCUCAAUCUGGUCAAGAACUCGGUGCUCACCUCAGAACAUGGCGUCAGGAGUGGGCCCUUAUGUAGACGACCAGGAGUUGGAGGACAUCGCCUCUGCACCAUCCGAAAAUUUCAUGUUCACGAUAGCCGAUUAUGACGCACUCCUAUCCAUCAAAAACACCCUCGCUCUCCGCGUUUGUAAGGCAGGCAGGCCAGGAAGUCAGAGGCAGAUAGACGCUGAGUAGAGGGGACAUAGUGGCGUGGGGCUGAUUACCCCGACAUGUUAAAGAGUUGCUUUUCCUCGAGACAAUGACAACACUAAUGGUUGAUACGAUAAUAGGACAAAUCGAUUUGUCAAUAAACUACACCAACCCCCCCCCCCA